CAGCGUCUGCAUUUGGUGUUGGUCGGAGCGGAGGAAGCGAAAACCUCUAGCAUCGUAGAUAAACAUCCAGGAGAGGUGUGAACGCCAGCGAGCACACAGCUGUCACAGCGCCGAGACAACGACACCGGGUCCGCAACAGUCCUCCAGACAGCGACGGUCGACAUGUCGGAGACAUACGACUUCCUGUUUAAGUUCCUGGUGAUUGGCAGUGCUGGGACUGGGAAAUCCUGCCUCCUUCACCAGUUCAUUGAGAACAAGUUCAAACAGGACUCCAACCACACCAUCGGCGUUGAGUUUGGUUCCAGAGUGGUGAACGUCGGCGGAAAGACGGUCAAACUGCAGAUCUGGGACACGGCUGGGCAGGAACGAUUCCGUUCUGUCACGCGCAGCUAUUACAGAGGAGCAGCUGGAGCACUCCUUGUCUAUGACAUUACCAGCCGUGAGACGUAUAAUGCCCUGACCAACUGGCUGACAGAUGCACGGACACUAGCAAGCCCCAACAUUGCCAUUAUCCUGUGUGGCAACAAGAAAGACCUGGACGCAGACAGAGAGGUGACCUUCCUCGAGGCCUCGCGCUUCGCUCAGGAGAACGAUCUGAUGUUUCUAGAGACCAGUGCUCUGACGGGGGAGAACGUCGAGGAGGGUUUUCUGAAGUGCGCUCGCACCAUCCUCAACAAGAUAGAUUCAGGUGAAUUGGACCCAGAGAGGAUGGGUUCGGGUAUCCAGUACGGAGAUGCGUCGUUGAGGCAGCUGCGACAGCCGAGAGGGACCACCACACAGAAUAAGCAGCAUUGUAGUUGCUAGGGAUCGGGCCCCACGCUCACCUACAGGCCCAAACAGACGAGGUGCCCCCUACAGGUGCUUUUUGGUGUGUGGACCCUCUCUCUGCAGUCUCACACACCUUGGAUCACCUGGAUGAGUGGUCGUGGAGAUCUCCACAACCCCUGACCUCUGGUAAGAGCCGCUGCUUCUCACCUGAUGGAUUCAGCUUUGCGUCUGGAGAGGGAAACUCCCUCAGUGUGAACCCACUGGGAUCAGAAUGAAGAGGAGGACUCUCCUCAGUCACUUACCAGGGAAGGACAAGUCAGGGGUUGUGUGUGUGGUCUGCUGCCCUACUGUUGUUCUAUCUGUGUGGGGUUUUUUUCAUUCUGGUUUCAGUAGCACCUACAUGCUUUCUGCAUUUGCACUUCGUUAUUUGUAAAUUAUUAUUGUUCAACUAUUUUACGCUUGUUCAUUUUUCAGGCCGUCUGGAUAUGAUUCAUGAUUAGUUUGGUCAGUGCUUUUGAGUUGAAGGCACCUGCUGAUAUUUAGCAUUUUUAUUAUGUUCACUGUACUUUGUAAGUUCAGACUUUUAUCCAUAAGUUAUAAACAGUCUAAACACGACCUCUCAUGAGUAAUAUGAAGUCAACGUGAGCAGAUUUUCGGAAAUUUAAACCAGAUGCUAUUCAAAUCUUUACAAAUGUUUCUGCAGAUGUUUGCUAUUAAUACUAAAGUCAGUGGAUUCAGAUAAAGCCAGACAUGCCCCGAUGUAACUCAGGACCCGUAGUCACUCUGAAGUAUGUUAUAUCAAGUCUUUUGAUUUUUGGUUUGCCUUAAAAUGCAUUGUUAUGAUGUAUUGGCCUUUGUAAUAUACCUGAUAUUGUGGAUCUAUAAGUGUAUUAUUCCCAGUCACCAUAUCUCUAAACCGUCAGAGGGAUUGAUCCAGUCACUCCAUACUACAUCCAUACAGUCAAGCCUGUAGGUCAGGUUGAAAGCACAAAGUAGAGAAUUGUUGCUCUUUAUUUUAGUCCAAAGUCUAAAAUUAAAAAUGUAUCUUAUCAGGUUCACAUGUCCAGGUCCUAGUGUCUCUGGUCCUAUCACAGUGAAAGAUUAACAAAGCGUCAUCAGUCCUUGCAAGGCUAGCAAUGUUUCUGACUCCUCCUGCUGGGCUUUAUCUCCACGACCUCCCUGUGGUUCAUGGUGUCCUACGUGCACAUGCUGCUCGAGGGACGUCACAGGAAACCACAGUUGGUUUUGCCUCGGUGCCAUGUUUGGGAAACUUCCCUGCCGCCCACCCAGUUCCCUCAUCGUGGCUCGACAAUGAGAAAUCAUGCGAGGCUGUAAGUGCGCCCUUGAUAUUCUGUUUUCAAAUUCCCAAGUACAGUAGUUUUCACUUCUGUUUGUCAAGCACAGAAGUAGCUCUGCUCUGCUGCGAGAUGUUCGUCGAGCAGAGCCCGGGAGCAGAGCCCGGGAGCAGACCCCGUGUUGCCCCAAAGAGAAAGAAAGGGAAUUUCCCACUCAAACACUUGACAGUUUGGUUUGUGGUGGUGAUGAUAGGGCAGGCUGCGAGUUAAUAACCCAAACUCUUGCUCCUCCUGUCUGAACCACUGUGAGGGCAGGUCACCCCGACCCGGCCAAGAGGAAAUCAAAAACAAACUGCCUGCAGGCGUAUUUCUCAUGUCUUCUCCUCAACUGUAAGCAUGUGUCCUCCCAGAUGAAACCAUAUGUGUUUAAGCUCUUGAGCCAGCGCACUGAAGGGAGGGACAUGGUGAGUUGUAUAAACAUGAGAUAGUACCGGAUAUCAAGAGGCAGAUGGUUAAAAAAAAUGUUUUUAUGAGAUAUUGACAUUGUGUGAUGGUUUGUCUCCUUCUGCAAGUGCACUUUUACUUUUGAAUUUUCAUUUUUUUGUUUUGUUUAUAUGCUGUAACUAUAGAAUUUUACGUUUUAUUGUACUUAGAACUGUAUACUGUAAUAAAGAUUCUAAUUGUAGAUGUCAUAAUUUCUUACCAAAUAACAACAGAGUCUUAAUUUCAUUUGAAAAAAAUGUUUUCCUGCUGCCCAAGGUUGGAUUUGUUUAUUAGUAAGGAUGAGAGGAUGUUGACUUCCUGAGCUGCAGUAACUCAUGGUCACAACUGCAGUCAUAUCAUCUAUAUGCAGUUAUCGAGUCAUCUAAACAGCUGACUACUGUCGAGCCAGAGUGAGCUUGCAUUCAUUCGUAUGUAUUUAUUGUACAGUUCAUAAUUGCUCAUCACAAUAGCCAUAUGAUAAACCUUAUUUUCAUACUUCCCUCUGGUCUGGAUUCAGUCAUGUGAUGAAUGCAAUCCAACUGUUUUUGCUUAGUAACUAAUGUCAUUAUCAACCUUAAAACUACUGUACAAUCUCCGGUAACCUAUGCUGUAAAUAAGAUUUGUCUAUUGUGGGUGAGUGUUGCUCAUUGAUUAUAAUGAUUAUGCAAAUUCCCAGUAAACUGCUUGUUUUUUCAAGUAAACACCUGUCAACUGGA